ACGAAAUUUGAGGCACGCAAGGUCGCUAAAUGUCCAUAUAUUUAUUCUUUUUCCGCGUCUUGAGAAAGAUCAAUCCGAGAUGAAUCGUUGGGAGGGUAAGGUCGCAGUAGUUACGGGUGCCAGUUCGGGAAUUGGGCUUGCAAUUGCCGAACAUUUGGUGAACGUCGGAAUGAAGGUAGUAGGGUUGGCCAGGCGUAAGGAAAAAUUAGAAGAUCUUGAGCGAAAACUCGUCGGGAGGCGAGGGAAGUUUUUUCCGGUUAAAGCGGACGUAACCCAAGAAAACGAAAUUCUGGAAGCCUUUCGCUGGGCGACUAAGAACGUGGGUGCCGUGCACGUCUUGGUGAACAAUGCCGGUAUACUUCGACCGGGCGGACUUAUGGAUGGGCUCAGCGAGCACUGGGUGGAAGUUUUGCACACGAACGUACUGGGAUUGUGCAUCGCGACGAGGGAGGCCGUGAAGAUUAUGCGCGACAAUAAAAUUGACGGGCACGUUAUACACAUUAACAGCAUCGCAGGCCAUCGCAUCCCCGACUUUCCGGAGGUUAACGUCUACCCUGCGACCAAACACGCAGUCAGUGCCUUAACCGAGAUCCUACGUCACGAACUGAAUCAUGCCGGAAGCAGGAUUAAAAUAACGAGCAUCAGUCCUGGGUUGGUAAGAUCCGAGAUUCUUGUGGCAAGUCAGAGAUCUCCGGAAAUGAUACAAGCUAUGGACGCUAUGCCAAUUUUGGAAGCGGCGGAUAUCGCCGAAGCCGUUUUGUACGUUUUAGGCACUCCUCCGCACGUUCAGAUUCACGAGCUUAUCAUACAGCCUGUAGGUGAAAAACUGUAAGCAUUGUAAAUAAAUAAAAGGACAAACGUUCGUACCUAUACACAGCAA